GGUGUUUUCCACUCUGACUCUGUCUGUCUCGCCUUCUGUCUCUUUACUUUUCCACUGCAAUGUCCUUAUCAGCUGUGUUGCACAACACAAGCGUGCAGAUUCUGUGACAAAGAUCUUUACUUCUAUGGCUUUACAUUCUCAAGUGUGUGUUCAAGACACACAGGAAAGUAUCCAUGUGAGAACAGAAUUGGAUUUUAGGGUCAUUUUUCAAUGUUUAAACAUUCUUGACGACUACACCCACGAACAUGUGAAUGUUUUAGGAGUAGAAGACAACAGCAGUUAUUAAUGUUAACAGUGAGAUUUGCUUUGAUGCAGCUUUUCUGUUUGUUCAUCACAUUUUCUGGUGGAAGUCUCAUUUUGAAAUGAAAGCAUGCGAAUGCACCAGAUGUGGAUUUUUGCACUCUGACAUCUCAAGUUGUCUCAUAUCUGAAAGUGUUUUAGUGCUAACAUGUGGAGUUUACAGGACAUGCAGCCAAACAGCUGGUUUAAAUGUUGCUUUCUGAUUGCAGUCUUUCCCCAACAGUAACAAAGAGGAAGCUGAAACACACUGGGGACGUCCGCGGCUUCAUAUUGAGCAACUAAAGGAUUAAACAACUCAUCAGAACGAACACCGCAAACAGAAAUGAACCCGGCCGACCUUAAACAACCUUCCGUUUUCUUUGUAAACUGAUCUACACUCCAGAUAUUUCAUAGACGUGCAUGGUGCAACUUUUAGGUCUGGUAUCUCCAAGCUGGUGUGGGAAAGGAACCAGCCGCUGACUCUUUAAGCAAAGCUGUGGUUCAGACACCUGACCUGGGACACUCAGACAUAUAAGCCUGCGUUCGGCCCGGCCAGGUUCACACUGUUGGUCAUGAUGAGGGGGCUGCUCGCACUCACCGCGCUGUUCGUGGCCGUUUUCGGCAAGGAGACGUUUGAGGGGCAUCAGGUGCUUCGCAUUGUUGCAAAGGAUGAGAUCCAGCUGUCUCUUGUCAAGAACCUGGAGGACAUGGUGGACUUUGAGCUGGACUUCUGGAGAGGAGUGACUGAUGUGGCCACUCCUGUGGAUGUCAGAGUUCCCUUCCACAGCCUGCAAUCCGUCAAAAUUCACCUGGAGAGUCAAGGCAUCGAGUACUCCAUCAUGAUCCAAGACCUUCAGGUGAUGCUGGACGAGGAGCAGGAGGAGAUAGAGUCUGCUGCUCGUGUCGCUGAGCCCAGAAGCACGGACAGCUUCGACUUAUCCAGGUAUCAUCCCAUCAACGAGAUCUACAAUUUCCAGGACAUGCUGGUGGCUGAGAAUCCCAACCUGGUCAGCAAGAUUGUGAUCGGUCAGAGCUACCAGGGUCGUCCCCUGAAUGUGCUCAAGUUCAGCACCGGUGGAACCAACCGUCCCGCCAUUUGGCUCGACACCGGAAUCCAUUCCAGAGAGUGGGUUACUCAGGCCAGUGGCACAUGGUUCGCCAAGAAGAUCGUGACUGAUUAUGGGCGUGACCCCGCUAUGACCGCCAUCCUCAACAAGAUGGACAUCUUCCUGGAGAUUGUGACCAACCCCGAUGGCUACUACUACUCUCACACCAGCAACCGUAUGUGGCGUAAGACCAGAAAGCCCAACCCCGGCACUAGCUGCGUGGGAGUCGACCCCAACAGGAACUGGGACGCUGGAUUUGGAGGAGCUGGUGCCAGCGGAAACCCCUGCUCAGAGACCUACCGUGGACCCAAGGCUCACUCUGAGUCUGAAGUUAAGUCCAUUGUGGACUUCGUGAAGGCCCACGGUAACAUCAAGGCCUUCGUCUCCAUCCAUGCCUACUCCCAGAUGCUCCUGUACCCCUACGGCUACACCAGGACUCCAGCCAAGCACCAGACCGAGCUGCACAAUCUGGCUAAGAAGGCUAUCACUGACCUGGCUUCCCUGUACGGGACUCGCUACAGAUACGGCAGCAUCAUCAACACCAUCUACCAAGCUAGCGGCGGCACCAUUGACUGGACCUACGAACAGGGCAUCAAGUACUCCUACACCUUCGAGCUGAGGGACACCGGCCGUUACGGCUUCAUCCUGCCAGCCAAUCAGAUCGUCCCCACUGCCACUGAGACUUGGCUGGCUCUGAUGGCUAUCAUGGAGCACACCUUCAAGAACCCUUACUAAAGUGUGUGUUUUUGUGCAUGUGUGUGUGUGUGUGUGUGUGUACAAGUGGAAGAGGAUAUUGUUGGCAAAUGUCACCUACAAGGCUGAUAUCAUCAUCAUCAUCAUCAUCGUGACUGUUUAGACAGAGAAAAUCACAAACAGACAAAUAAAAGAGCAUAUUUGAAAA